AUGUCUGCAGAAGACCCCGUCUCGCUACAAUGGUCCGCCCAGUUCAACGCUGUUCCAUCGUCCAAAGCCGCCCUCUUGCCCGGUGACAAGCUUCUCUUGCCGCCGUCCGCUCUUGAGCAGCUCUUGGCUGCAGCACCCAUUAUUGCGGCCCCUUCUACCUCGAACCAACCGCGAACCGCAGACUUUGACCCCUACAACCCGUAUUCCUUUGCCGCCGAGAGACACGCGCGCGAUCAACUCCAGAAUCGCCAACAGCAACUUCCGCAUCCUCUCACCUUCCGCCUAGUCAAUCCCGAGAAUGGGAGAGCUGUUUAUGCUGGUAUACAAGAAUUCUCCGCGGAAGAGGGCGAGGUGGUAUUGAGCAAAUUCUUGAGGGAGUCGCUUGGUCUGGAUGACACAGAUGCGGGUCACAAUAUUGACAGCAAUGAGACCAUGGAGAAUAGAGAAGAGGAGGAUGUAACUGGUGGAGCGAGGAGUACUAGGAUCACUGUGCACGCCAAGACGCUUCGAAAAGGCACUUUCGUCAAACUUCGCCCACUGGAGGCCGGCUACGACCCGGAAGACUGGAAAUCAUUGCUGGAACAACAUCUACGCUCCAAUUUCACAACACUGACGAGUGGCGAGAUACUCGUGGUACCUGGUGCACGGGGCAUAGGUCGGAAAAAAGAGGAAUUUAGGUUUUUAAUCGAUGGCUUUAAACCAGAAGACGAUGGCAUCUGCGUGGUCGACACUGACCUUGAGGUGGACAUUGAAGCCUUGAACGAGGAACAAGCACGGGAAACCUUGAAGAGGAUAGCUGCAAAAAAGAUGAGAGCGCCGGGAAAAGAAGGUGGCAGCUCACCUGGUGGAAAACUCAACUUGUUAAAGUCUGAGCAGGGCCAAGUACUGGAUGGAGAGUACGUUGACUACGAGAUACCUUCGUGGAUACGCUCCCAAGGGCUCGAGAUUCAAUUAAGCGGGGUGGAUGGUGAAGACGAAAUCGAUCUUUACGUGAGCCCCUUUGGUGCACGACAGCGAGCGAAGCCUCGAGCAGACGAGUAUGUCUUUGCAGACGUCUCAAGCGGCUUCUCGAAGCGGAUAAGGUUGCAGCCCACGAAUGUCGGAUUAGAAGACGCGGAGUCAGUAUGGGUGUCCGUCCAUGCGUUUCCCCAGAGUAUACCGGAAGCAGAAGGUUCCGGCAGCCAGAAAAUGCCCAAGCAGUUCCAGCUUCGUGCAGUUCCAUUCGACCCGAAGGAUGAUUUGGAACCUUCCAAGCAGGUGGCACCGCCAUCAGUUCCUCCAAAUCCGGACGAUGUCCAAUGCAAGAACUGUCAACAGUGGUUUUGCCAUCUCGAGGUUCCACAGGAGGGUGAUCCCAAUAUACCAAACCCAGAGGCUCUUCUGUCAGGCCUGACGCCCCAUGAGUUGGCCGACGGCGCACGCACAACAGAAUGCCAUCUGUGUGCCAAGAUUGUCCGCUUGCGAGAUAUGUCAACGCACCUUAAACACCACGACUUGGAACGACUAUCCAGACCUACGCCGCGGAUCUGCCGCAACGUCAAUUGCGGCCGUACCCUAGACGGUGCCAACAAGACCGGCGACACAAGAGCAGGGACUCGCAUGGGACAGGGACCUGGAAAUGACAUUGGUCUCUGCAGCGUGUGCUUCGGGCCCUUGUACGUGAGCAUGUACGACCCGGAGGGCAAGGCACUGAAGAGGAGGGUGGAGAGGCGUUACUUGCAACAGUUGCUGACUGGCUGCGGGAAAGAGUGGUGCGGGAACGAGAUGUGCAAGAAUGGGCGUCAGAAGCGGGGGAUCACGCCAAAUUCGCUGUCAACGAAGGAUGCACUGCCCGUCAUUAAGUCAUUUGUGGAAAGCCUGGCAAAUGGCGAGACGCCACUGCAUUUCUGCACCGAUGAGGGUAGUCAGAGGAGGAGAAGCAUGGCGGAGAUGCUGGCUGCUGAGGGAGACGUCAGUGGCAAGGGAGGGUUUGGGCUGGAGUGGUGCUGCGCUGCGCUCGAAGCCGAAGGGGGCGACUUGGAGAAGGCGGGGGUGUGGCUGAAGGGCUGGGCGCCGCAGAGGGGGGAGUGCAGCUAG